AUGCCACCCAAGAGAGCCUCAAUGGAGAGUUCAGAGGGUUCGCGCAAGGUUGCCAAGACGACCAACGACACCACCAACAACGCUAACCGCCAAGAGCUCGCCCGAAGUCUCAUAGCAAAAGGAAUCGGCAUCUCGAGCGACAACGCGGUCGUUAGACGCGAAGAUGAGGUUGACACUGCCAGUGUUGCGCUCGAGGUGGCGAGUGUUCUGAAGACCAAGGACGAGUUUCCCAACAAGACGUGCAAGGCGCUUGUCACAAUCGCAUUUCAACUCAUUGGGAGAGAUCCGGAGAAUCACAUCGAGCUGGUCAACAAGAUUAUCGAGCGGAUGAAGAACACCCACUUCCUCGAAGCGUCCUUCGCACGGUGGACUGGACAGAGAAAGACAUUCGAGCUUCUCAAGACGGCGAGUGCAAUGUGCAAGACAUGGAGAAACUACAUAUUUGUUCCAGCCGCACAGUUCAUCAUUCCUCCCUUCAUCAUGCUCUACAUCAUGAAGAGCUAUUCUGAGAUGAGGGGAGACAACGCCAAGCUUCUUGCACGCCACAACACGUUUCGCUACCUCGGACGCUCCAUCGACAAGUGGGAAUCAAUGAAAGAAUACCAGGUUAUGCUCAUCGGACGACGGCCUGAUGACGAACCUUUUAAUCCUGCCGAUGUUGCCGUACCCGCGUCAGUUCUCCCGGGACCAGGCCUCAUCAACACACCUGACCUCAUCGCAUUGGCUCCCUACCCCUCUUCGACAAGCUUUAUCUCUGUUCGCAAGGAUCUCACCAGUGAAGAUUGGGUCUCUAUCAAUCGGGAAUGGCUUGACAAACUGGGAGACCGUCGCGUCGAUGGUGCCAGCUUCAAAGACAAGGUCGAGCAGCAGGUCACGGCGCAAACAGCUCCUCUGAUCCCAGAGAUGUACCGGGACAAACUGUGGGCUUGGUUUGGUGAGUUCAACAAGGAAGGUCGAAAGCUGAUUGAAGUAGAUUUCCAGUCAUCGGUUCAGAUCAAGACCGAGGUCGAAAGUUUGAUCCAGUCAGACGAUCCGACGGUGACUGCUCUCCGUCGAAUCGAACAACUCCUGAAGGAACUUCCGGACAGCUGUAUUCAUGAUACCCUUGCAAUCAAAGAGCAGAUAAAUCGACUUUUCGCGUACCGGGAGGCUGAGAAUUCUGAUAGUCAGCGAUGGAAGAACGAUGUUCAGCAGGCGUCACGCGCCAUGGUCGAAGCAGCAAGCAAGCUCCCUAUUUUGGAGGCGUCCGUCAUGAAUUCGAUGAUCCAGCGAGUUGAAAGACACCGACAGGAGGCGAUCGAGAAACUGGAGAAAGAGGUUAACGACAAAUGGGAUGCCGUAGAUGUCUCGGGGUCUGCCUCUCCAGAGAAUGCAGUCGAGCUCAUGGUUGAACUCAAGGAGGACUUCAACAUGACCGAUGACGACAUCAGAGAUUGGAUUCAGUUGGGUGAAGGCAUACGUGGGAUGGAGGACUCCCCCGACAACUGGUUGACUUUUGUCUACUUCAAGAAGAUUGCGAUGACGGUUGGGGGCAACGCCUUGCUAGCCCUUGUCGGCUAUGAUCAGAAGCAGGCAUCCGAUGGCUUGGAGGAAUCGGCGUAG